GGUCGCCUUCAGCAUGGAGGAAAUUUAUGCCAAGUUUGUGUCUCAGAAAAUCAGCAAAACCCGCUGGCGACCAGUGCCUCCGGGAAGCCUGCAAACCGCAGAGACCUUCGCUACCGGCUCUUGGGACAAUGAGGAAAAUUAUGUUUCAUUGUGGUCUAUUGGAGAUUUUGUGAAUUUGGACUCUGAUGGAGGAUUUGAAGGAGACCAUCAAUUAUUGUGUGAUAUCAAACACCAUGGUGAUGUCAUGGAUUUACAGUUUUUUGACCAGGAAAGAAUUGUAGCUGCUUCAUCAACAGGAUGUGUAACAGUUUUUCUCCAUCAUCCAAAUAACCAGACUCUGUCAGUCAACCAGCAGUGGACAGCAGCCCACUACCACACGGGGCCUGGCAGUCCUUCUUAUAGCAGUGCCCCAUGUACAGGCAUUGUGUGUGACAACCCAGAAAUUGUCACAGUUGGAGAGGAUGGUCGAAUAUAUCUCUUCAGGGUUGAUCACAAGGAAGCUGUAAGAACAAUAGACAAUGCAGAUAGCAGUACACUCCAUGCUGUAACCUUCCUUCGAACUCCUGAGAUACUUACAGUAAAUUCAAUUGGACAGUUAAAAAUAUGGGACUUCAGACAACAAGGAAAUGAACCUUCUCAGAUAUUAUCAUUGACUGGUGAUCGAGUGCCACUUCACUGUGUUGACAGACAUCCCAACCAGCAGCAUGUUGUAGCUACUGGUGGCCAGGAUGGAAUGCUGAGUAUUUGGGAUGUUAGACAAGGUACUAUGCCUGUAUCUCUGCUGAAGGCUCAUGAGGCUGAAAUGUGGGAAGUUCAUUUUCACCCAUCCAAUCCAGAUCAUCUAUUCACUUGUUCUGAAGAUGGAUCCUUAUGGCACUGGGAUGCCUCCACAGAUGUGCCAGAAAAGUCCUCACUCUUUCACCAAGGAGGAAGAACCGGUACUUUUUUGACUCAUAGCAUUAGUAACCAGGCUAACGUUCACCAAUCUCUUAUAAGUUCCUGGCUCAGCACUGAUCCUGCGAAAGACCGUACUGAAAUCACAAGCUUGCUUCCCAGCAGGACUCUGUCUGUGAACAGUUUGGAUGUUUUAGGUCCUUGUCUUGUUUGUGGAACUGAUGCAGAAGCAAUAUAUGUUACCAGACAACUGUUUUCAUGAAAAUACUGGGAUUAUAAUAUUUCAAGUUAAAUAUAUAGCUAGCCCU